AUGGACUUCUUUUGGCAAUCGCACAUCUUUUCCUGGGUCGAUAUCGAAGAGCAUUUUAGCAGCCAUGGCUCGGGUAAGAUCACGGAGAUCAAGCUGAUGAAUGGCUUUGGCUUCAUCGAGUAUGAAGAUGCCAUGGAUGCAAGGGAUGUUGUGCCAGAUGGUAGUGACUUCAAGGGUGAACGUCUCACUGUGCAGUUUGCCCGUGGCCCACGUCACAAGGAUACCUUUCAUGGCUCGGACCGUAGUGUUCCUCGACCCCGUCGUACAAUAUAUCGCAUGCAGGUCUCCGGUCUUCCUUCUGAGACCAGUUGGCAGGGAAUCAUCUGGAAUCCAUUCGCAUUGGGAAUCUACAUCAACUCACGCAUCUGUUUUACCCAGGAUCUGAAAGAUUUUGCACGUCAGUCUGGUGUUGACGUAGUCUACUCUGAGACUAGCCGUGAGCGUGAUGGAAGAGGCUUCGUCGAGUUUGAGUCUUCCAGUGAUCUCAAAGUAGCGGUCGACAAGCUUGAUGGUCGCGAGUUCAAAGGUUCUAGAGUGACAUGCACUCCCGAUAUACAACCUGCCGAGGAGCGCAUUCCGUACCGAGACCCUUAUCGCUCCCGAUCACCCCCUCGUCGUGGAUAUCCUCCUCUGGACGACUACGACAGACGUGGCCCUCCACCACCACCUCCCCCCCGUGGUUACAGCCCCCGCUCUCACUAUCGCGAACGUUCUCCGCCCCCUCUUCGUCGUGAUUAUUAUGAUCGUGAUGGUUAUGGACGUCGCACACCGCCACGCCCUCGCAUUGAUGACUAUCCUCCACCACGCCGUCCCUAUGAUGACCCUUAUGACACCCGUCCACCACCACCGCCGCCACCACCUCGCCACUACGAUGACCCCUACAUGGCGGGGAGACCGUAUGGUCGUCCUCGCACUCCUCCUCGGGGUGAUUACGGUGGUUAUGAUCGCCGCCCCUACUGGUAG